AUGGCGGCGGCGGCGGCGGGGGGCAUCGCCACGCUGCCCGACGACGGCGGCAGCGGCGCCUUUCCCCCGGGGCACUUCAAGGACCCCAAGCGCCUGUACUGCAAGAACGGCGGCUUCUUCCUGCGCAUCAACCCCGACGGGAAGGUGGACGGCGUCCGCGAGAAGAGCGACCCUCACAUCAAGCUGCAGCUCCAGGCGGAGGAGCGAGGAGUGGUGUCCAUCAAAGGUGUCAGUGCCAAUCGCUUCCUGGCCAUGAAGGAGGAUGGCAGAUUGCUGGCCUUGAAAUACGCAACAGAAGAAUGUUUCUUUUUUGAACGUUUGGAAUCCAAUAACUACAACACUUACCGCUCACGGAAAUACUCAGAUUGGUACGUGGCACUGAAAAGAACUGGACAGUACAAACCUGGACCAAAAACUGGACCUGGACAGAAAGCUAUCCUUUUCCUUCCCAUGUCUGCUAAAAGCUGACUUCCACGGC